CAGUUUCAUUCUCGUCUUUGUAGCGGUUCCCAUUUCAUAAGUUGAAAAAACAUUUUCUCCCAUGGCUGCGUCUCUACAAAAAGUAUGGUGGUCGUCUCUGUUGGUGCUUUAUUGGAUUUCGGCAACGGGGUCAAGCUCCACAGAAGAAAUAUCCAAAAUCCAACGGCCAAUAACGUCCGCUGUUCAUCGUCGAAUCCGAGGAUUAUCAUAUCCGGAUGACAGUGAAAUGGGGAUAUUCUUCGCUCUUGCCAUUCCAUUGGACGAUCCGGUAUCCGCGAAAGCUAUUUCCGUUGCAUUUUUCUUCGAGGCGAAUUACCAGCUUACGAAACCAGAGACCGAGGGGGCUGAUAACGAAGCAGAGUCACGGAGAGAAAGAUCGAUGAAUCUCCAAGGACGAGCGAUCGAUCGUCGAACCACUUACUCCAUGUUGGAGUCGAAAUUCGAGUCGCUCGGAUUUCCAGGCAGAGCUUGCCUCUUAAGAUCCAUUUGCGAGACUUCCCGUAAUCCUCUUCACUAUCACAACGGUCUCCUUGGUGAUCUCCUACGGAUCUUAUUCAUACCAUCAUCUUCCAGCGACGAGGGGCUAUCUGUCGAGUUCCAAAAUGCUCAGAACCAUUCGAGCACGACUGGGGGCUGCGAGGCAACUUAUCCUCUCUGUCCUAUUAAUAUCUACGACUAUAUUACAGCAGAGGAAAAUAUUUGAUCCGAGUUUUAUUCGGUCUCGGCUUACCGAUGGAAGGAGAAGUUUCCAUGACACUCGGCUACGUACUUAAAUGCAACUAUCGUCUUCCUUACAACGCUUCCGACUUUAGUG